CAUGAUGGUUCAGAUUUUUCAAUCGAAUGUUGCUGCGCCGAGCACGUCGACAUGGAAGCACGGCAAUUGAGAGACCCAAAAGACAGGCGGCCCAACAGAGUGGUCACCUGCAGGAACUGAUAAGGGUCUUGAAGCAGCAAAAGAGGUCCUGGAGGCUAUUCACAUGGUACAACGCGUUGGCAAUGAUUGGUACCAGGGUUGAGUUGCCAGAGCGAGCGGGUUCGAUGAUCUUGGACCGUCCGGACCUCCGACCUCAACCGAAUGGCGAACGACAGCAGGUGGAUCUACGUCUUCAAAUCUCCUCCGCCAACCACAAAACUUCUUCACCUUUUCACGUGUAAAGUAGCCCCGUCUUUCUUUUUGGACCUCUCUCUUGUAUUCGUCUGUCUCUACAGUGAUUUUGCCUCCUGCUUUUUUGUAUCCUUUCCCUUAAAAAAGAAGACUCCCCAAACUCCCGCACGCCGCUCCCCAGAUCGGAAUCGCCGGCCUCAGCACCCACACGCGAGCAGCCGUAGCCGCUACUAGACAAAUCUUUGGCCGCACGUCGCUGCGCCUCGACGACAUUUGGCUUACAAAAGCGAUCUCGACUCUUAUGCUGUCGAUCCUGACACGUUGAAAGGCUGAUUUCCAACAAGCUCAGCGCCUUUCCACGAGCAAUUUCCUUGGAUUCGCCACGGGUAUCGCCAUGAUAAGCUGCACGGCGACUCUCCUCACGGAGUCGCAUGAAGAGCCGGUGUUGGGGGGGACGUCAGGGAGGGAGCGUACGCCAGACGCGAUGAGGAGGCGGAGACGCCACAGCUCGUACCAUCCUCACCACUGGGCGGCCGACGCGGACAACAUCCCAGUCAUGGUCGACCGCUUCCUCGUCGAAAUGAACCGUCGCCUCGAAUUCAUAGAGUCCUAUGGCCAACUCAACAUCGAUGCCCGCAUCGAGCGCGCCUGGUCGACGCUCCAAGCCGUUCGGGACUCCUGCUCGCGGGUCCGCGACGAUGUUAUUGACGCAGGUCGCCGUCGUGCUUCCGUGCUUGUCGAAACGCUCGAAGCUCGGUAUAAUGAGGCAAUCGCUCACAAAGAAACAUUGGAGCAAAAAGUGUACGAGGGUGUCAAGCUCAUGGAAUCCUACCUCGCCGAUUGCGAAGCCAGAGCCCAGAUUGUGAGGGACUCACAGGCAAGUUUCAGCACCGCCGUGCACGAUUUUGUGGACAGACAGCACAAGCGCAUGGGCUCGAUAUCACAGCAGGCCAAGGAUGCUGUAAACUCUGCAUGGCAAGCUGCCGAGAAGAUGGAGGUGGCCAUUGAGCAGGCCCUGACACUGGCAAAGGAGCAAGGCCUAAUUCGCUACCACGACCUGCCUACUCCGUGGCGAAUAAAUGAGCAUAUCCUGCGAGGAUAUCGUUUCAACGAUACGAAGAUGGGCUGCUUAUACUCAGUGCUCAAACCCUCCAAUGAGACGUUUAACAUCUGGUCGCACCUGAUCGGACUGUUCAUCGUGCUCAGCAUUGCAUUCUACUUUUACCCCACUUCUUCUCACUUCACAAUUGCCACAAAGACGGACGUGUUCAUCGCCGGCGUCUUCUUUUUCGCAGCCUGCAAGUGCCUGGUCUGCAGCUGCAUGUGGCACACCUUCAAUUCCAUCGCCGAAAAGGACCUCAUGGAACGCUUCGCUUGCGUGGAUUAUACAGGCAUCUCGCUUCUCGUGGCUGCCAGCAUCAUGACGACCGAAUACACGGCGUUUUACUGCGAGCCUGUGAGCCGCUGGCUCUGGAUCACAGUGACGGGCAUCCUCGGCCUCGCCGGCGUGGGGCUCGCAUGGCACCCCACGUUCAACCGCAACGACAUGGCCUGGGCACGCGUGGGUUUCUACAUGCUCCUUGCCGCUACCGGGGCGCUCCCCGUCAUCCAACUCGUGUACACGCGCGGCCUUGCCUGGGCCGUGUACUUCUACGCGCCCAUCACCAAAUCUCUCGUCGUGUACACCACUGGUGCGUGUCUGUACGCGAUGAAGAUACCGGAGAAGUGGCAGCCGGGCAUGUUCGACUACGUCGGCGGCAGUCACAACAUUUGGCACGUCGCCGUCCUGGGCGGCAUUCUGUACCACUACGUUGCCAUGCAAGAAUUUUUUGCACAGGCCUUCCACCGGGCGGACAACGAGUGUUCGUUGUGGUAGCUGUUUGGGGGGUUACAGCCGGCUCCCCCCCUUUUUUUUCUGCAUUCGUGAGACGUGUUAAUGGAGCAAAGAAAUAAGUGAAAGAUGCAUUGGACCGUGUCGAUAUGGCUGAGAUGACGAAAGGAAUCUUGCUUUGGCUUUUUUUAUUGCAUAGCGUUGGAGCGACAAGAAUUGAUGAGCAUUUUGAAUGAAGAAUAUUCUUAAAGCUUUGACUUGUGCCUCUCUCAGAAAGAAAAUUUUCUCGUUCAUUUUAUGGCUGUCAUAUCCAGCUACGUCACAUCGGGCCCGUCGAGAGCGUAGGCCCUUCUCUAUUGCAGACGAGCCGCUUCCUUUCGCAAUCCAUUCACGCUUGUUCAGUCCGGUUCCGUUCUUCAUAUUGAAGACCCUGUGCGAUGCGUACAAGAUGUACUUUUUCAAUGUGCGCAGCCUCGUCCCCAAAGACCAUAUCCAUAUCCUCAAGACUCCUACCUUUCGUCUCCGGCACGAAGACCCAGACGAAGGCGAAGGCCAGCAAGCAAAACGCGGCAAACUGUCUUUUUGUUAGGCUUCAUUCUCCCACUCAAGGAACCGCUGAGAGACUCA